CCCUUCCCUCUCGAGUCCGAUCCGGUCUCUAAUCAGGAAAUUAGUAAAAUACACCGAGAACGUAUGACAUGUUUUCUUGUUUUCUCGUCAGCGUGUCCUUCUCAAGACAUCUGUAACCAGGAAGUAAAAGUCUGUGAUAGUCCUCGAUCUCGAUCAGUUGAUCAGGACUACAACUCAGUAAAUGUGAAACCUACGUGACUUGAUUCAUGUCAGAGAGCUCGGUCUGCAUGGUCAUGUUGAGUUAUUUUCUGCUGUACGUGAAUUUCCUGCUGAUAUGACAUGUGCAUACUUCAGAUCAGGAUGAGUAAAGAAAUGGAGGAGCUUUCUCCCCUGGGCGACUCGGGACACGGGGAUGAGUCUGAGGAAGAAACAGAGGAGGAUGAUGAGCCCAAAAUUUGUCAAGUAUGCGGUGACAAAUCCACAGGCUACCACUUCAACGCCAUGACCUGUGAGGGCUGCAAAGGCUUCUUCAGGCGUGCCAUGAAGCGACCCGCGCAGCUCAGCUGCCCGUUUCAGAAUGCCUGCGUCAUCACCAAGAGCAACAGGAGACAGUGCCAGUCCUGCCGUCUCCAGAAAUGCCUCUCCAUUGGCAUGAAGAGGGAGCUGAUCAUGUCGGAUGAGGCCGUGGAGAAGCGGAGAUUGCAGAUCAAGAGAAAGAGGAUGCAUGAGGAGCCCGUAAUGCUCUCACCUCAACAGGAAGCUGCCAUAGAGGAGCUGGUCACCGCACAUCAAAAGACCUUCGACAUGACUUGCGCCCAAUUCAUUCAGUUCCGGCCUUUAGAUCGGGAUCAGAAUUCCAUGUCCGAGUACAGUCGAGAACCAAAAACCGGCAGAUACUCUAACCCAACCAUGCAUACACGACCGCCUGAAGAUGGAGUGCAGCGGACAGUCAACCUCUCAUCCCCUUCCUCCAGCUUUCAGAGUCUUAAAAAAAAUACAGACAAAAGGUGGCUUAAAGGUGCCAUUUUCACCUCUUUGCCACAUUUUACAGACCUCACCACAUACAUGAUCAAGAAUGUAAUCAACUUCAGCAAGACGCUUGAAAUGUUCAGGACUCUGAUCAUUGAGGACCAGAUCUCACUUCUGAAGGGCGCUACUUUUGAGAUCAUUCUGAUUCACUUCAACAUGUUCUUUAAUGAGGUGACAGGCAUUUGGGAGUGUGGCCCGCUGCAGUACUGCCUGGAUGACGCCAUGCGAGCUGGUUUUCAGCAGCAUCUGCUGGACCCUAUGAUGAAUUUCCAUUACACAUUGCGCAAGCUGCACUUACACGAAGAGGAGUAUGUGCUGAUGCAGGCCAUCUCGCUCUUCUCACCAGAUCGGCCUGGUGUGACGCAACACAAUGUGGUCGACCGUAACCAGGAAACGCUAGCUCUCACCCUGAAGACCUACAUCGAGGCGAAGAGGGCUGAGCCAGAGAAGCAUCUGCUGUACCCGAAGAUCAUGGCGUGCCUGACCGAGAUGAGGAGUAUGAACGAAGAGUACACAAAACAGGUGCUGAAAAUCCAGGACAUUCAGCCUGAAGUGUCUCCGCUUUGGUUGGAAAUAAUAAGUAAAGACGGCUGCUAGGACACUAAAGACUAGACAAAACUCGCAAGGACAGGGUCGGUGACUACUGAUGAUGAACUACUGAACAGCAGCACAGGGUAAUCGUGAAAUUGUUCCUAAAUGUAAUGUAAUUGUGUUUAUCUGACAAGCAGUCUGUGUUCGGAGUGUUUUCGGCGAAAGAACAAUUUCUGUGGUUCAUAUGCAGAUGUAGGAUGGCACAUCACUGUUUUAUCUCUCACAUUGACUGCAUGAAUGAAGCUUGAAGAUUAUGAGGCCGUUUACACAACACCGAUUUAAAACGGAACUGAAAACGUAAAACUUGUAAUGCGUUUUGGCGUUCAUUUACACGACAACAGUGAAAACAGGUUUUAAGUGUUUAAAAGCGAAACUGUUAUUGUCUCUGUAUAAAGUACAAAAACGAGAUUUUGUGAAAACAGUGACGUCGUGCGUAUUAAGUGUUCGGCAGUGUUGUAGUACUCGAGACUCGGACUCGUCUCGGUCUCGAGACCAUAUUUUAAUGGUCUUG